CGGAUUUGGUUUGGCUGCGGCGGGUAGCGCACGCACGGUGCCUUGUCCCCGGCGGCUCGUCUGUAACUGCCGUUUUCCAGCCUACUUUGUAUGACUGGUUUAGUUGGCUGCAGCUCUCCGUCUCUUGGAGCCCCGGCCGAACCAAGCAUUCGCCCGAAUGCAGUUAAGUUAAAAAGCUUUUCUUAAAAAAAUAAAGCAGAGUCCCCCCCCCUACUUAGGAGGAAAACUUGUCGAGGCCCUAGAUCCUACGUAUAGCGGUUUAUUUUCUGGAGGGGCUGCCGGUUUCUUUGCGAUUCGGUUUGUUUUGAAGAUUUAAUCUGCUGGAGGUUGGGGUUGGCGAUAGGGUUCCCCGAGAUAUUUUGCCGCCGGAUUGUUUUUGACUUUCUCAAUUUCCUCUCUUGCGGUCGCCGCAGCCCCGCAUUGAGACUGGCGUGGUUUAUUUAAGGGAGAAAAAAAAUAACAAGGGAAGCCUGAAACGAUCGCACAUCAGGCACAUGUGCAGGGCAGCUAACAGCUCCCCCUCUCUCCUCCCCCCUCCCCUUGCCUUCAUGGAGAGGCGCAUUCAUCUUGAAAUGACACGAAGGAAGCCACAGCAGUAUUGAGAUUACUGAUCAAGGACAGAUUAGACCAGCAUAAACACAGUCUUUGGGUAACAGGUUAACAAGCCACUUAAUUGAGAUUCGAUCGGAUUUGCAAUUGAAAAAAACACAUAAGCAUAUAAUGGUGAACAACGGGAACUCACAGACGCCCACAGCCGGCGUGAACCGCGCGGGCCUCGCUUGGAAAACGUGCGCCGGCUGCGGGGGCAAAAUCGCCGACCGGUUCCUCCUGUACACAAUGGAUAGUUACUGGCACAGCCGCUGUCUCAAGUGUUCCUGCUGCCACGCUCAGCUCGGAGAGAUCGGCACUUCUUGCUAUACGAAGAGUGGAAUGAUACUGUGUAGGAACGACUACAUCAGAUUGUUCGGGAAUAGCGGAGCGUGCAGUGCGUGCGGACAAUCGAUCCCAGCCAGUGAGCUGGUCAUGAGGGCACAAGGCAACGUCUAUCAUCUCAAGUGCUUUACCUGUGCCACCUGCCGAAAUCGUCUUGUCCCCGGAGACAGGUUUCAUUAUAUCAACGGCAGUUUAUUCUGUGAACAUGACAGACCCACGUCCCUUAUCAAUGGACACUUGAAUCCGCUUCAGAGCAAUCCUCUACUAUCUGACCAGAAGGUUUGCUGAGGUGGCUUGGAGCAGUGCAGAAAGCGUGCCUUCAUCUUUUCAAUCUGGCUCAUCGCAAGUGGACCCCACUUUGUUCCAGUAGACAGUCAUAUUUUUUGGCUGGUUUCAAUGCCAGGUACACGACGACAUUGCACACUUGUAUACCCUCGCUAGUUUGCUCUCACCAAGCUCUUCCUGCAUUCAAAGUGACUUGAGGACACCAGAUUAAGGAUUCUGUGAACCCGGGGCUAAUAACUGUUCAGAGGGUGUGGGGGUGGGGAGGGGGGUUGUGAAAGUAAAAAUCAAAUGGCCAUUGAAGGACAUCUGGGAUAAUGACAAAUUAAAAUCAUUAUUGGAGGUUUUGCGACGUGCUACGUACCUACAUUAAUAUUUAGCAGGGCACUGGCCUUGGGUUCCUCCCCUCCCCCUUGUAUUCUAUUUUUCUUUAAAACAUCCUUGGCAAAAAAAAGUGUCGGCUCUUUGUAUUUCUAAGUGUUGUAAAGACAAUGUGUUUAUUGCUAUUAUUAAUAAAGAGGCAGCAAUGGGAGAAGAAAAAUCCAGUGAUCUUUGUGGUAGUUCUCUAUCAUAAACACUUGUAGUGGUUCUCUGUACAAUGACAUGUAUGCAUGCAUGUAUGUGAUUUGUCAAAUGUUGCUUCUCUCUUAACCCCCUUCCCACCCCCAGCAGAAGAAUUCCCAGCUUUCCAGUCUCUUAUGUAGGACUUUAAGAAUGGAAAUUUUAUUUGUGAUAUUUUCAAACAAAAAAACAUUUGCUCUAGUAUGGUGUAUUUAAAUAAUAAAAAGCUUGAAAUGGUGGAAGAUAAGUUUUGUGUGUUCUUGAUAAGUACUA